GUCCUGUGCGUAUGACGUCACUUGGUUUUUCGUCUCGUUCUUCCUUCCUCUCGGCGGAGCUCACGUCUUGCUAGCUGAAAGCUAACUGCUCACAUUAUUUCUGUCAUCGUCGCGUUUGUUGAGACGCAGUUGUUACAGUGCGGUCUGUUCAAGCUGCGGAUUCUACAAGAGAUUUAUCAAGAGAGGAGAAACAGUCCCGCCGCCACCGUUUCCUCCGCUGCCGGAGGUGAAACACUGAGCCAUGUACAAUGGGAUUGGCCUGACGACACCGCGGGGCAGUGGCACCAAUGGCUACGUGCAGCGCAACCUGUCGAGCCUGCGGGUGAAGCGACCGCGGGACGAGCGUGGUGGUGAGCGCGAUGAGAAGGACCGGGAGAGGCUGGAGAGUCAGCUCAACAGGCAGCCCAACGCUGACAUCCUGGAGCACCAGCGCAAGAGGCAGCUGGAGGUUAAAUGUGCCGAGCUGCAGGACAUGAUGGAGGAGCAAGGGUAUUCUGCUGAGGAGAUUGAGGAGAAGGUGAGCAGCUUCCGCAUGAUGCUGCAGGAGAAGCAGGAGCCGGCUCCGCCCACUUCUGACAGACCAACGGUGACAGAGACUCAUGCACUGGCCGCAGCUAACCAGCAGAAGAACGACCGUCUGCGUGCAGCGUUUGGAAUCGCCAGCGACUACGUGGAUGGAUCGUCCUUUCAUGCUGACCGCAAGGACAAAGAGAAGGAGAAGCGGGAGCAGGAGCGGCUGGAGAGGGAACGGCUGCAGCAACAGAAGUAUACGUUGGUGGUAGAUUCGGAUGAUUCAGAUGCUCCUCCCAAAAAGCGCGGUCGGAAGAAGAAAAAGAAAAACAAGAGCAGAGACAGCAGCUCAGAGAGUCUGUCCCCAUCGCCUCGCAGAGAGAAGAAGAAAUCCAAAAAAAAGAAAAAGAAAUGUGAGGCAUCUGAAGAGAGUGGAGAAGAAGACGAUGAGAGUUCCUCGGAUGAAAAACAGAAGGAGUUGAAGAAGAAAAGGAAAAAGAGCGAAAGUUCAAGUCCUCCCAAAACAAAGCUGGUGCGACGCAGCAGCGUCUCGUCCCGAUCCUCUCACAGCCCAUCUCCAGCUGCUGUGAGGUCACGUCAACAGGACCAAACGGCAAGGAAAGACGAUGAAAGGAAGGAAAAAUCACCGGAGAGGAGGAGACGAGGUUACGAGGAGCAAGUGCCACGGCGUCAGGGAGGUGAAGCGAAGAGGUCGAAUCUUGAGAGAGGGACAGAACGACAGAGUGAGAUGGAGAAGAAGAGACAUGACUCCGCAUCCCCUUCUCCACCACCACCACCACCGAUCGACAAAAGCUGGGAAAAGGAGAAAGGGAGGAGAUCCAGAAGCAGAGACCUGCAGAAACGGAGGCGUUCGAGGAGCGUGGAAAAAAAUGAGAGGGAAAAAGGAAGGCGCUCCAGAAGCAGAGAGAUGGACAGGGGGCGGCGUUCAAGGAGCAGAGAAAACAAGAGGGACAAAGAGCACCGUUCCAGAAGCAGAGACGCUGCGGAGAAAGAGCGGAGUCCUAGAAGCAGAGACGUGGACAAAGGACAGCGUUCCAGAAGCAGAGAUGCUGAGAGAGGCCGUAGUCUUAGAAGCAGAGACAUGGAGAGGGGGCGGAGUCCUAAAGGCAGAGAUGUGGAUCGAGGACGACGUUCAAGAAGCAGAGACGCGCAGCGAGGACGACGUUCUAGAAGCAGAGAUGUGGAGCGAGGACGACGUUCUAGAAGCAGAGACGUGGAGCGAGGACGACGUUCUCGAAGCAGAGACGUGCAGCGAGGACGUCGUUCUAGAAGCAGAGACUUGGAGCGAGGACGACGUUCUAGAAGCAGAGACUUGGAGCGAGGACGACGUUCUCAAAGCAGAGAUUCUGAGAAAGGACAGAGUCCUAGAAGCAGAGACAUGCAGAGAGGGCGGCGUUCCAGAAGCAGAGAUAAGGGGGACAAAGUAAAAGAGUGUGUCCCUCAGAGAACCAGAGACGACUCGUCCUCAUCCCCUUCUCCUCCACCUAAACAAGAGACAAGGAAGGAGAGAGGCAGAGAUGCUGAGCGAGAAAAAGACAAGAUUAAACCAGACCAAAAGCCAAGACAUGGCUCUUCAUCCCCUUCACCUUCUCCUGAAAAGGAGAGGAGUGGAGAGAGGGAACGCAGAACUGAGGCGAAGCUUCAUUCAAGUGUGCCAAAUGAAAAGGACAACAGAAAAGACACGGGGAAGAGACAAGAGAUGGAGGUGUCUCUUCACCAACAGAGAAGCAACAGAAAGGACGUUCAUCCAUCUCGCGAUUCCCACUCACCGGCCCCUCGGUCGCCCGUCACCAGUGGAGGACAACGAGACCGAGAGAACGAGAGAAGAGAAAAGGAAAAAACAGAGGGUGUUAAGGAGAGGGACAGGCACCGAGAGCGAGGUCAGGACCGAGAGCGAGGUCAGGACCGAGAGCGAGGUCAGGACCGAGAGCGAGGUCAGGACCGAGAGCGAGGUCAGGAGAGCAGCAGGAAGAGAGAUGAGGCUGUCCCAUCAUCUGCAGAAAGUAGACGAGAUGGUUCCAGACCAGCAGCUAAAAGACCAGACGUGAAAGACGGGGAGGAGAAGACGAGGAGCCCACAGAGGAAGGACAAACGUGAUGAGAGAGUGAAACCGGCUGAGAAGAGGAAGGAGAGCAGUAGCAGCAGCAGCAGCAGCAGCAGCGGUAGUGGUAGCAGCAGCAGCGACAGUGACAGUGACAGCUCCUCUUCAUCAUCUUCAUCCUCAUCAUCCUCUUCAUCCUCAUCCUCUGAAGAUGAAGGUAAAGCCGCGAAGGUUGGCUCAGCAGGUGGGGAAAACAAAAACCCCUCGACCAGCGCACCAGCUGCCAUCGGUGCUGCCGUCCAUCGAUAUUUAGUCAACGGACGAAAGGAAAGCUCGGCCUCUGCCUCUGAGGGGGACACACUCAAACCCCGGACGGACAGAGGAGACGGAGCAGACAAACGUGACAGGGAAAGACCUCCUCACAGAUCUCCUGUGGACAAUUACCCGCCCCGCACCAAGGGUCAGGAGCGAUACAGCCCCACACAGAUGGACAGCCCGAGUCCACCUCCGUCGCCAGCCGACAGAGGCAGCAACAGGCCUGAGGCCGGAGCAGACAAAACAAGGUCAGGAGACACGGGGAGGGACAAAGACACUGCCAGGAGGCCUGCGAGACCUACUCCCUCCACCAGGAGGUCACGGUCUCCGCCCCACAAAGCCACUGCCACCUCCCCAGCCCGUCGCACUCCACCGAGACAGUACCUGGAGGCCCCGCCCCGCUCCAGGAGAGUGUCUCCUCCUGCGGCUCGGUCUGAGCGCGACAGAGACAGGCAGAGGGACAGAGACAGAGACAGAGACAGGGAGAAGGACAGAGAACGUGUGCGAGCUGCCAGAAGGAGCAGAUCCAGAAGCCCACGGAGACGCUCCAGGUCCAGAAGCCCCAGGAGGCAAAGCCCCCCCAGCAGGUCCCGCCGCUCUCCAUCUCCUCCGCGGCGGCGGCGGAGAAGUCGCUCCAUCUCCCGUGAAAGAGGGAGAGAACGUGAGGCAACCAAACAGAGGGAGGCACAACAAGAGCGAGGGAGGGAGAAGGUGCAUCAGCAGCCUCAGGAUGAUCCUCAGCCUGGCAGGUCAUCGUCCUCCUCAUCAUCAGCCUCCUCCUCCUCUUCCUCCAGCUCCUCCUCUUCAUCCUUGCCUUCACCCCCAUGCAAAAGUAAAGACACACAGACGGAGAGGAGAAGAGAGCGAGAGGACGGAGGGCAGAAAAGUCUCUCCUCCUCCUCCUCACACCGUCCCUCCACAGCCUCGUCCCAUGUUCCACCGCCAGGAAGACGAGGCUCACCGCCAGACUCCAGGCGCGCUGACGCGGCGUCCAGAGGGUCGCUGCCCCGCGGCCGACCGGACGUCGAGCAGCCGCAGCCACCGCGAGCUCCAAACAGGAAGCCGUCGCCGCCGGCAGCUGCUCGACCGUCAGACCAGACGGUCAGAAACGAGAGAAGUGUGAACGGCAAGGAGGCAAAUAAGAAAGUGAGCAGGAGCAGCAGCUCCAGCUCCUCCUCGUCCUCUUCGUCCUCCUCCUCUUCCUCCUCUUCAUCCUCCUCUUCCGACAGUUCUGACUCUGAGGGCAAGGAGCAAGGAAAACAGAAGACAACCAAAACCCAGAAUAGCUCUUCAUCGUCUGAAAAUGAAAAGGAAACAAAGAACAAGAGCGCUGUGCGACCUCAGAGGGUUCCGGCUGAUUCACUACGAGAUUCUCGCUCGCUCAGUUACUCUCCUCCCAGACACACGAGAGCAGCGCCACAGUCGCCCAACCACAGCAGCAGCAGACGGUCACCGAGCCGCUCAUCGAGCAGCAGACGGAGGAAAUGAGCGCCGCCCUCUGCUCUGUGAUGGUUUCUGGACUUCACACACGACCGAGACGCCACACACUCAUCUCCUGCAGGUGUGUGUGUGUGUGUGUGUGUGUGUGUGUGUGUGUGUGAGGAGUAAAGGGUGUUCACACACAUGAAAGGAGCCGAGUAAGCGUAACGCUGUUCCCCUCUCCGUGUCCUGUCGACUGUGUUCUUACCUGUAGAUAUGAUCUGUCUGUAUUUUGGUUAUUAACAUGUAAUGGAUGCUGUUUAAUGUGAGCAGGAACUGAAGUGUGGUUAAUUUCUUUGUUGAAAACGAUUAAUAAUAACAAUUAAAGGCAGUUGUGCAUUUUA